CUUCUCUAUUACAAAGCGAGCUCCGAGCUCACAGACAGAUUUUCGGAUAGGACUGAGACCACACCACACUCCACACACCGGGAGAGCGAGGCCACAACCCCUCGAAUUACAUCCCGUGCCUACGUGCUGCUAAGUGAACAAAACUACACAUUAAGGCUCGCCUAUUUGCCUCGUUAUUCCCGUGAUUGGAACCCGGGCCUUCUCGGUUGUGAGCCAAGUGUGCUAACCACUACACUCAACGUCCAGCAUGAUACGACGCUGCAUGUUGGAACGUGACCACUGGAGGCUGGUGACGCUGUGGCUGGCGGGCAUGACGCUGGUCCUCGUGAAGCAAGUAGUUUGGCCUCGCAUCGGCCAGCCUGUACUUCUGAACAGCGGCAGCGACCCAGCGAUGUGUGUUUCCCUUCCACAGCCUUAUCGUGACGAGGUGGAAUUGCUGGUAGAGGGCCCGCUGGAUGCAGGAGACAGACGGCUGAUCCAAUGGGUGCAGGAGGGUGCUGGCGGCCGUAUGGUGCAGCCUUCAGCCGCGCCCUACAACAUCCCGGACACCAACUCAUACCUCUGGAGGAAUACCGGAGUGUGGAAUUUCUACGUCCGUCAUGUCGAGAAAUAUUUUAGGAAUAAGGUGGGCGGGUUCUUCGUAGAGGCUGGGGCACUGGAUGGCUACGUGCUGUCCACCACGGUGAAGCUGGAGCGAGACCAGGCGUGGACGGGCCUUCUGGUGGAGCCUCGGCCGGACAUGUUCCAUCAGCUGCUCGACAAACACCGCAAAGCCCACGCCGCCAAGUUCUGUCUUUCCGAGAAGCCCUACCCGCACUCGACAAGCUUUUGGAUGAGCCCUGAUUACGUCAAGGAGAGCGUGGCGCUAAGUGCGGUGGCCAGCCAGCUACUGGAGAAAGUUAAAGGACAAUCGAGGGAGACAGGCAGUGUGGUGAAGGUGCUGUGCCUGCCCCUCGCCACCCUGCUACAGGCACUCGGUAGGACCCACGUGGACCUGUGGGUGUUGGACGUGGAGGGCGUGGAGUGGGGCGUGGUGGAUCUUUUCCCGUUCAACGAGAUCACAGUGGACUACUUAACACUGUCAGCACCAGACUGGCUUAUUGGAGAGGGAGCUGAAACACUGAGCCUCUAUGGAUACAGAACAUAAGGCACUGCAGAAGAAUACUACAUUUCUUGCUUGGGAUGUCUGACAACACAUUUAAAAUCACGUGUCCUAGACUGACUUGCAGGUGAUAAAAAAAAGAGACACUAACCUCUUCUAUAUAUUUAAAAUAAAACAAUUCUUUCCUGUGAAACUUUUGCUGUAGAUAAUACUAAAACAUUAGAAUCCCUUCCUUCUCACUUUAAUAUGAAACAACGGAGUUAAACGCAAAUUGAAAAAAGUUUUUAUUCAAUCUUCAGAAGAAUAGUGUCGAUGUUAAUCUUAAGGCAAAUACAAGAAACUCUGUUCUUCUUUGGUAUGUAGACCAGACUUAUUAUACAUAUUUUCUGUAGCAUAUUCUUUAGUUCUGCUGCAAUCAUGGGCUUGUAACAUUGCUAAGAGGACCUAGAAAAUAAGAAAAGUAACCUGCACUAAUGUUCUCUCAUGGACUUUCAGCUGUGAUGCAAUUCAUGUAUCAGCAGCUAUCUAUCAGCCUUUAUGAUUUCAGUACAAAGGCUUUUGCCAACAUUUUCUCUCAUCUAUUUCAGCCUAAGCAAAACUCAUCUAACUCUAAAUCAACAAACAACACAAAACAUCGCACACAGACUUUCAUUUGUUUGUGCGUGUGUCUUAUAAUAAGUGUUUUCUCACGGUCAGGUGCUAAUGGUGGAGCGGAAGGACAAGGGCUUGGAGGACCGACGGGCGUUCGUUAGCCUAGUGCAGUCCAAGGGCUUCACGAUGGUCGCCAGUCUCCAGGAAGAUUUUGUUUUUGUCAGGAACAAUUCUGACCUCGCCUUAGG